AUGUAUAGCACGAUAUCUUCACAGCCAAAGCACCUUGAUUACAUGGUAAACAACAGACCUGCCACUGACUAUGGAGAAGGAACUUCUGUUUCCUCCAACAUGGCUUUAAGUGAUGAGCAGAUAUAUCAAUGGAUAUCAGAACUUGUGUCCAGCACAAACCGAGAGAAGGCAUUAUUGGAAUUGGGAAAGAAGAGGGAACAGUACGAUGAUUUAGCAUUAGUUUUGUGGAAUUCAUUUGGAGUAAUAACGGUAUUGUUAGAGGAAAUUGUUAGUGUCUACCCGUAUUUGGAUCCACCAAAUUUGAGUGCAUCAACAUCCAAUAGAGUUUGUAAUGCUUUAGCACUACUCCAGUGUGUGGCGUCAAGUGCCCAUACACGUGGUUUAUUCUUGAAUGCCAAUCUACCCUUAUAUUUAUAUCCAUUUUUAUCAACAAAUGCUCGCCAGCGGUCAUUUGAAUACUUGAGGCUAACCAGUUUGGGAGUUAUAGGGGCUUUAGUGAAGAAUGAUACACCUGAGGUAAUCAAUUUCCUUCUCACCACGGAGAUUGUGCCUUUGUGUCUUAAUAUCAUGGAGAUUUCGUCAGAGUUGUCGAAAACCGUUGCUAUAUUUAUCUUACAGAAAAUCUUACUAGAUGACCAAGGCUUGACCUAUGUAUGUACUACUUUCGAAAGGUUUCAUACUGUAGCAUCUGUGUUAUCGAAAAUGGUUGACCAAUUGAGUAGCACCGCCACGUUGGGUUCAAUUAAUGCGCAAACUGCACAACUGAUGCAACCCCAGGCCCAAUUACAAAGCCAAGGUCAGUCAACAACGUCUACUCCCUCAAAUAGUUCGGGGCGAUUAUUGAAACAUGUUAUAAGAUGCUACAUGAGAUUAUCGGAUAACUUGGAAGCACGAAAAGCAUUAGCUAAUAUAUUGCCAGAGCCAUUACGAGAUGGGACUUUCUCGGUAAUAUUGCAUGAUGAUGCAGCCACAAAAAGAUGUCUAGCACAGUUGUUGAGCAACAUAAAUGAAUAA